CCCGCUUCCUCACGCCUCUCCACACCAUCCAUCCAUCAUCCACUCACUCCAUCGUCACCGCACACGCACGCCGAGAAACCGACGACAGCGAGAGGGAGCUGAGCACCUGAGCCGCUGGCAGCAAUGGCGGCGGAUGACAACAAGGACCUGGUGCUGCUGGACUUCUGGGUGAGCCCGUUCGGGCAGCGCUGCCGGAUCGCGCUGGCGGAGAAGGGCAUCCCCUACGAGUACUCGGAGCAGGAGCUCCUGGGCACCAAGAGCGACCUCCUCCUCCGAUCCAACCCCGUCCACAAGAAGAUUCCCGUCCUCCUCCACGCCGGCCGCCCCGUCUGCGAGUCCCUCGUCAUCCUCAACUACCUCGACGAGGCCUUCCCCUCCGCCGCCCGCAGCCUCCUCCCCUCCGACCCGUACGCCCGCGCGCGGGCCCGCUUCUGGGCCGCCUACUCCGACAAGGUCUACGAGCUCGGCACCAAGCUGUGGAAGCUCAGGGGCGAGGAGGAGCGGGCGCAGGCGCGGGACGAGCUCGUGCAGGUGCUCCGGAACCUGGACGGCGAGCUCGGGGACAAGGAGUUCUUCGGCGGCGGGGAGUUCGCGUUCGUGGACGUCGCGGUCGUGACGUUCAUGCCGUGGCUACCCAGCUACGAGAGGUACGGGGGGUUCACCGUGGAGGAGACGGCGCCGAGGCUCGCGGCGUGGGCGAGGAGGUGCGGCGAGAGGGAGAGCGUCGCCAAGAGCCUCCACUCGCCGGAGAAGGUGGAUGAGUUCAUCACCAUGCUCAAGAAGUUCUACGGCAUCGAGUAGAUCGAUCGGUCCCGCGGCGUCUGCAAGUGGAAGUGGAUGAUACGUGUCUGCCAUGUGUUAGAGAUUUAGAUAUGCCUGAGUGUACUUGUAACAAACCUUGUGUAACAACCUGGACUUAUACAAGCCCGGAGGAUUCGCUGGUAGAGGAACGAGCGGCAGUCCCGAUAUAUAUCUUGAUUUUUCCAACCGGAA